AUGGCCGGACGAAAACGGAUCCUGCUCAUCACCAACGCGGAGCUCGGCCAGGCCAACGUCUACCUGGCCGUCAGCCACGAGCUCCUGAAGCAGGACCCGGCCAUCGACCUGCACGUCGCCUCCUUCGGCGCCCUCGAGAGCGCCGUCGCCGCCGUCGCCCCGGCCGCCACGUUCCACGAACUCCAUGGCGCCACCUGGAAGGAGGCGCUCUUUGACCGCCCGGAGCACCGCUUCGAGGAGGUCUGCGCCCUGCACCCGACCGCGUGGAACGCCGCCGAGGCCGCCUUGAUCAUGCCGCGCAUCACGACCCCGUGGACCUCGGCCGAGUACGUCGACCUCGUCCAGCAGACGGAGCGCGUCGUCACGGACGUCGACGCCGACCUCGUCCUCGCCGAUAACCUCUUCACCCCGGCCAUCACCGUGCUCUGGAAGCUGAAGCCCAACUGGCACAUCCUCUCUCCCAACACCUACAGAGAGUUCAUUUUGGCCACCCAGCCCCGGCUCGAGGCCGUAUGGAAGCACCCGCCGCCCCGAUCCACCAUCUCGUACCCCGUUCCCUGGUACCAGAUACCGUCAGCCAUCUACCAGCUCUACCAUUACAGCAGAAACGUCUCCAACCCCUACUGGAUCAACCACGCAAAGUACAUCAAGGAGAAGACCGGCACCGAGUACUCCGACUGGGGCCGCGUCGCCUUCUGGCCCCCCGAGGGGCUGAAGGUCAUCCUCCCCAGCAACCCGGCCGUCGACUUCCCCUUCUCCGUCGUGCCGGACCACCUCGUCUCGUGCGGGCCCAUCGUCCUGCCCGCAAAACCCCUGAAGGAGACCGACCCGGGGAUGGCCGUCUGGAUCGCCAAGCGCCCGACGGUCUACGUCAACCUCGGGACCCACGCGACCUACGAGGAGGCCGAUGCGAGGGAGCUGGCUGGCGCGCUCAGGGCUCUGCUGGACGCGGCCAAGGAGGCCGGCCGGGAGCUGCAGGUCCUGUGGAAGCUCAAGAAGCGCGGCGAGUACGCCGGGGAGGGAUUCGCCGCCGUGCUGAACGUCGUCGGCUCCGAGUGGGAGGAGAACGUGCGCGUCACCGACUGGCUCGAGGCGGAGCCCAUGGCCAUCCUCGAGUCCGGGAACGUCAUCUGCUCCGUCAACCACGGAGGUGCCAACUCGUACUUCGAGGCCGUCAGCGCCGGCGUCCCUCAGGUCGUCCUCCCCGUGUGGUUCGACACCUACGACUUCGCCACGAGGGUAGAGUAUCUGGGCAUCGGGAAGCGCGGCAGCACGAACCACGCCCCCAAGUGCGCCGCCAAGGAACUCGGCCCCAUACUGAAAGAGGUCGUUCUGGGCGAGAGCGCCGAGGGCUUCAGGAAGAAGGCCGCCGACCUGGCGGAGGUCUGCAGGCGGGACGGCGGGGGCAGGGUCAUUGCCGCAAAGGCGAUUCUGAAGGAAUUGAAGUGA